UCUAGGGUUGUUGCCAUGGUGCUGAAGGAGCUACCAAGUAAGGCAUCCUCUGAAGCAAACGCCCUACUCACCGUGACAACCAAGCUGGCGAGUGAGCAACAAGAGAGCCGCCCCCUCCUCAGCCCCUCCAUCGAUGACUUCCAGACGGAGACCAAGAGUGAUGGAGCCUGCCGGCCGGUCACCUCCAACACAGCAGUUCUGUCCACAGCCCUGGACCUGGUGGACCUGAGCGAGACCACGGAGCGGAGGUGGAGCUGGGACAGGAGGAGCCCGCGGGGCUCCAGGAAAGAGGGCCGCAGCCGCAGGGGCAGCCCCCGCAGGAAGAAGCCCGAGCCCGACGAGACAGAGCUGAUCCAGGUGGAGACGGAGCAGCUCUCCCCGGGUCCUGGACCCCUCAACCCUGAACGGAUGUCCCUGGACUCAGUCAGCAUGUCGUCUCCCAAGUGGGAGGAGGUGAGCCUGCACCCUGACAGUGCCUUUAACGGGGCCAGGAAGUGGAGGUACGAGAGGAAGAGGUGCACGUCUCACCACUCCUCCAGCGAGCUCCUCUGGUCGGCCGAGUACAAGACGGAUGCCAAACUUCCCAUGGAUCUCAACAUGAGCACAGAGUCCGACCCUGGGCCCUCCCCUCAGAGGCAGAGGCUGGGCAGGUCCCUUCUGGCCAGAAAUGCUUCCCUAGAGGAGGAAUUUGUACGAGCUAAGGCAGCCGUGGAGUCAGACACACAAUUCUGGGAUAAGAUGCAGGCAGAGUGGGAGGAGCUUGCUCGUAGAAACUGGUUGGACGAUCCAGACAACGAAGGCCGCAUUCCGCUAAACGUGUCAACCAAUGAAUCGGGUUACUAUUUCCACUCCAACAAUCCUUAUAAAGAGUGUCCUAACGCCUUCGAGGAGGCUCUUCAGAAGCGCAGGGAAGGGGAUCUGAACACGGCCGUGCUGCUGCUGGAAGCGGCCAUUCUCCAGGACCCGCAAGACUCGGAGGCCUGGCAGGUGCUGGGAACCACACAGGCAGAGAAUGAGAACGAGCAGGCUGCCAUUGUCUGCCUCCAAAGGUGUCUGGAGCUGCACCCCCACAACCUCACAGCUCUGAUGGCUCUGGCCGUCAGCCUGACCAACGCAGGGCUCCAGCAGGAUGCUUGUGAGGCUCUGCACCGCUGGAUCCGCCACAACCCCAAGUACAGGCACCUGCUGCAGAACCGCAGCCCCCUGGACGGCUCCCCCCUGCCCCAGCGCAGGAGCUCCCCCAUCUCCCCGCUGGUCUGCUCUCAGCUUGUGGAGGUGAAGGAGCUCUACCAGGAGGCGGUGGUGCAGAACAUCGAGGAGGUGGACCCAGACCUACAGACGGGCCUGGGAGUGCUCUUCAACCUCAGCUCAGAGUUCGACAAGGCAGUGGAGGCCUUCAACUCAGCCCUGUCCGUGCGGCCUGAGGACUACCUGCUGUGGAACCGGCUGGGUGCUACGCUAGCGAACGGGGACCGCAGUGAGGAGGCCGUGGAGGCCUACACCCGGGCCCUGGAACUGCAGCCUGGCUUCAUCCGCUCGCGCUACAACCUCGGCAUCAGCUGCAUCAACCUGGGGGCACACAGAGAAGCGGUGAGCAACUUCCUGACUGCAUUGCACCAGCAGAGGAAGAACAAAAGCCACCAGGUGAUGUCCGGUAACAUCUGGGCCGCACUGCGCAUCGCCUUGUCUCUCAUGGACCUGCCCGAGCUUUUCCACGCAGCGAGCGUGGGCGACCUGGACCUUCUCAUGAGGGCGUUUAACGUGGAGAUGUGAUUGAUUUGCCACAUGGUCUCACCAGAAUUGCUUUCUGGGAUUCCAGUCAUGGACCCAACACAAGCUCCCACCAUGCACUUUGACUUGGAUACGGGCCUCGAGGGUGGAGGAGGACACGUGUCAGGGGUUCCUGGGGAGCUCUGACAUUUGCACAGUAUGGUGAAUGCCACAGAUCAGCACAUCACAAGGGGGUGUGGGAUUGGGGAGGUGAGAGCCAGCCCUCCACAGAAGGAAAGCACAAUGUUAUUCUACUACUG